AUGACUACGACCGUUCCCAAAGUGUUUGCAUUUCAUGAAUUUACAGGGGUAGCUGAAGCAGUUGCCGAUCAUGUUAUUCAUGCCCAGAACUCAGCCCUCAAGAAGGGAAAGGCUUCAAAAUCCAGGCAAAUGUCCGGGACGAGCUUGAACGGAGGUGGAAACACUUCAGAAUCCAAAGCCAUGGAGAGAGUAAAUUCUGUAAGGAGUAAUGCUUCCAGCCGUGGUGGUAAUGACGACGGCAUCACCAAGAAAUUGAAGAAGGAGAAAGAGAGAAGGUUCAAGAUCGCUUUGUCUGGGGGUUCGUUAAUCCAGGUGUUGCACGAAGGCUUGUUGAAAAGAGACGAUGUACAAUGGGGAAAGUGGGACAUUUAUUUCGCAGAUGAAAGAUUGGUGCCCUUCAGCUCCAGUGAAAGUAACUACGGGCUAGCUAAGAGAGAAAUUUUUGAUUUGAUAGAUACAGAGAAAUAUGGUACCCCAAGAAUUUAUCACAUUGAUGAGUCGUUGAUAGAUGACCCCCAAGAAUGCGCAGAUAACUAUGAAAAGAUUCUGAUUAAACGGUUUGCCGGUAGAGAUUCUGUCAAACUACCGAUGUUUGAUUUAUUCUUACUAGGGUGUGCUCCUGAUGGCCAUAUUGCGUCAUUGUUCCCCAAUUUCCAAGAAAAUCUGCGUGAAAACUUGGCAUGGGUCAUACCAGUGGAGCACGCCCCCAGCGGACCAUCGAAUAGAAUAUCGCUAACUAUUCCGGUGAUUUGUCAUUCUCACAGAGUAACGUUUGUCGUUGAAGGUGCCACGAAGGCGCCCGUUAUCAAAACUAUAAUGGAGAGACCUGAAAAGGGGUUGCCCAGUAGUAUUGUUAAUGAAGGCGCUGCUGGUCGUGUUUCAUGGUUUGUGGACGACGAUGCUUUGAUAGACGUCUUUGUGACCAAGAAGAAGUACAAGUUUUACGACGACGACAACUUAACAGAGUAG